CAUUUUCCAAAAAUGUAUAACGGCUUCGGAAGAUAUUCAGUGAGGGACUCUUUUCCUGUUACCGGAUAUUGCAGCAUGAAGAAGGAGCACGUCGUCAACUGUCAGUUCUCUGUUUGGUUUCCCAGAUUUAAGAAACACACCAUUAAAAGUCUGAUUCUGCCACUGCCUCAGAAUGUAAUAGAUUAUUUACUGGACGAUGGCACACUGGUAGUCUCUGGGAGUGACCAUAACACACAGCAGACACACACUAACAACAGCGACUCGGACGAAGAGGAAGACAUUCAGUGGUCAGAUGAUGAGACAACCACCACUGCCACUGCUCCUGAGUUCCCAGAGUUCACCUCUAAAGUGCUGGAGGCCAUAAACGCCCUGGGUGGGCGCGUCUUUCCUAAACUCAACUGGAGCGCUCCACGGGAUGCUAACUGGAUUGCUCUGAACAGCUCCCUGCAGUGCGACAGCCUCAGCGACAUAUUUCUGCUCUUCAAAAGUUCCGACUUCAUCACCCACGACCUCACGCAGCCAUUCCGUGUAUGCAGUGACCAGGAUUCCCCGGAUCCAGUCAUAAACUAUGAGCUGGUCCUGAGGAAGUGGAGCGAGCUGAUUCCUGGUGGAGAGUUUCGCUGCUUCGUCAAAGAAAACAAACUGAUCGCUAUCUCCCAGAGAGACUACACUCAGUAUUACCAUCACGUCUUGAAGCAGGAGGAGCAGAUUUGUCACGCCAUCCAGGAAUUCUUCAACCAGCACAUCCAGUACAACUUCCUGGACGAAGACUUUGUGUUGGAUGUCUACAGAGAUAGUCAGGGGAGAGUGUGGCUGAUUGACGUGAACCCGUUCGGAGAGGUUACAGACUCCCUGCUGUUCAGCUGGGAGGAGCUGACGUCCGGCGGGGAAAUCGCCCAGCAGCAGGAAGGCCCGGCGUUUCGCUGCACCACCAGCGAGGUGACGGUGCAGCCCAGUCCCUGUCUGAGCUACAGGAUCCCGCGGGACUUUGUCGACCUCUCCACCGGAGAAGACGCCUACAAACUCAUUGACUUCCUCAAACUGAAGAAAAGCCAACAGGAAGAUUCGGAGGAGGAGGAGGAAGAGGAAGAGAACACUCCACAGUGACACAGUUUAUCCGAAACCUUGAAGAGCGGCUUGCUGAUGUCACCAGCCCCCUCCAUAUAAUGUUCUCUGCAUGAAGUGACUCUUCACCCUCUUGUCCUGUUUGAGCUUCUUAUUCAUUUCAGCCUGUUUCCUCACACGCUCCUCUGUGAACCGGUACGCGGUGUACCCGGGGUUUCUUUGAAUAGCUCUCUCUCUCUAGUGUGUUAGUCUAAUGGAACAUGUUAAAUUAGCAGAUCAUGUUAACGGCUCUUUGAGGAUUCAUUUUCUGUCGGGUUAGCCUCUGACGCUGCUGAGCGCCGUCUUGCUGAUCGUAAUGGCUCGGUGAGACAGGAAAGGGAGGCCUCGGCAGUGUUGUUAAUUUCAGUUUAGGGGGAAUGAUUCAUUUUUUUAUGGGGGGAAAAAUUGUGUAACUGCAAGCGGAUGUAUUCACGAACACUGUAAAGAAUUCCUGCUUUUAUAUUUUAAAAUAAGUGUUUAUGUAUCUUUGUUGCUAAAUAAUGUCUCUGGAUUUAAAAUGAACUAGUCCGCACACGUUUCAUUGUACUGUAUGUGUGUUGUGAGACCUCUUUAUUAAACACUAAAGCCGUUCA